GUGCCAGGUAUAGGAAAAGUAACAGAGAAGAUGUUAAGAGCCCUUGGAAUUGUAACUUGCUCAGAACUUUACCAGCAGAGGGCACUGCUUUCUCUUCUUUUCUCAGAAGCAUCUUGGCGUAAUUUCUUGGAUAUUUCCCUUGGUUUGGGUUCAACGCGUUUGGAAAAGGAUGGAGAAAGAAAAAGUAUGAGCACUGAAAGAACAUUCAGUGAAAUCAACACAGCAGAAGACCAGUACAGCUUGUGUCGAGAGCUCUGCAGAGACCUUGCUCAAGAGCUACAAAAAGAAGGACUUAAGGGUAAAACUGUUACCUUGAAGUUGAAGAAUGUAAACUUUGAAGUAAAAACAAGAGCUUCAAGUGUGCUGUCUUCAGUUUCUACUGAGGAGGAAAUAUUUGCUGUUGCUAAAGACUUGUUAGGCACAGAAAUUGAUAGUGUUGCUCCUCACCCUUUACGGAUAAGACUUAUGGGUGUACGAGUAUCAGGAUUUCUAAGUGAAGAGGAGAAGAAGUACCAACAAAAAAGCAUUAUGAGUUUCUUAAAAUCAGGAAAAGAAAAUAAUUUUCUUAGGCUUCAGCUGGGGAAGUCCCACCAAGAAUAUUUCUCAAAAAAUUCUGAAGCAUCUCCAAGAGGGAGUUUUUUUGAUAAAAAGCGAGCUGCAAGGCAACUAAACAGUGAGAAUCUUUCUCCAAAUGAAACUGUAGAUAAACAGCUCUUUCAUGAUAGGAAAUCAUUAGCAAAUUUUGUGGAAAAAACAGAGAAAGUCACAGAGUUACAGAAUCCUAGUGUGUGUAAGAUCUUCACCUGCCCUGUUUGCUUUGAGGAGCAAAGCAGCAGUGACUUGGAAGAGCUUAACAGGCAUAUUGAUGAGUGCCUCAAUGGGACUCUUCUUAAAGAUACCAUGGAAAUAUCCAAGAAUGACAAUUCAAGAGAAAAUACACAUAACUUUCUUCCACAAUUUAAAAAUGAAAAUGCCGAUGAACCUAAAAAAAAAAAACCAGAUCAAUUAGCAGGAACAGACGAGUCUGCAAGUACAUCUGACAACCCUACUAGCAGUAGCACAGAAAAAUUCACUCAGAUACUAUCUGAUAAACCUCACAGAGAAAGACAGCCUAGCAAUCUCAGUGAUAUUGCUAGAAAUGUGUGUAUGAAACAGUGUUUCUUCCCCAAAAGAAUUCCACAAGACAGUGAAGACUGUUUUGAAAAGACUGAACAUGCAGAACAACCUAGUUCAUCCUGUUUCCUUGAAGCGAAAGAACGCAGUGUUCUUGUUUGUCCAGUUUGUAAUUCAGAACAGAAGACCACCAGUCUUGUGUCAUUUAACAGACAUGUGGAUGUCUGCUUAAAUAAAGGCCUUAUACAGGAGCUGACAGAAAAAAAAGAUUUUCCUACUAAAACUUACAAUAUGGAAAACUCAAACGGAGUUGGAAGUUUAAGCAGAGGACAGCAAUGCACAAAUCCACCACAAGGAACAAAAAGGUCUGGACUAACAGCUUCACAGUCAGUAUCAAAAAAGGCCAAGUCGAGCAAUUCCAAGCAUACAAUUGAAAUGUUUUUUAAAUGA